CGGGCUGCACCGCCGCGUCCGCCCGCCCGCCCGCCAGCCAGCAUGGCCACCACCGCCACCUGCACUCGCUUCACCGACGACUACCAGCUCUUCGAGGAGCUUGGCAAGACUGCAGGGCUAUCAGUGAGAUGCAGCAGGUGUGUGUUUGAAGCAUCGCCCACCAGCUCCUGAUGUACAGCCUGAGGGGUGCUUUCUCUGUGGUCCGCAGGUGUGUGAAGAAAACCUCCACGCAGGAGUAUGCAGCAAAAAUCAUCAACACCAAGAAGUUGUCAGCCCGAGAUCACCAAAAACUAGAACGUGAGGCUCGGAUAUGCCGACUUUUGAAACAUCCAAAUAUUGUGCGCCUCCAUGACAGUAUUUCUGAAGAAGGGUUUCACUACCUCGUGUUUGACCUGGUUACUGGCGGGGAGCUGUUUGAAGACAUUGUGGCUAGAGAAUACUACAGUGAAGCAGAUGCCAGCCACUGUAUACAUCAGAUUCUGGAGAGUGUUAACCACAUCCACCAGCAUGACAUUGUCCAUCGGGACCUGAAGCCUGAGAACUUGCUGCUGGCAAGUAAAUGCAAGGGUGCUGCCGUCAAGCUGGCUGAUUUUGGCCUCGCCAUCGAAGUGCAAGGAGAGCAGCAGGCUUGGUUUGGUUUUGCUGGCACCCCAGGUUACUUGUCCCCUGAGGUCUUGAGGAAAGAUCCCUAUGGAAAACCUGUGGAUAUCUGGGCCUGCGGGGUCAUCCUGUAUAUCCUCCUGGUGGGCUACCCUCCCUUCUGGGAUGAGGAUCAGCACAAGCUGUAUCAGCAGAUCAAGGCUGGAGCGUACGAUUUCCCAUCACCAGAAUGGGACACAGUGACUCCUGAAGCCAAGAACUUGAUCAACCAGAUGCUGACCAUAAACCCAGCAAAACGCAUCACGGCUGACCAGGCUCUGAAGCACCCAUGGGUCUGUCAACGAUCCACGGUAGCCUCCAUGAUGCACCGCCAAGAGACUGUGGAGUGUUUGCGCAAAUUCAAUGCCCGGAGAAAACUGAAGGGUGCCAUCCUCACGACCAUGCUUGUCUCCAGGAACUUCUCAGUUGGCAGGCAGAGCUCCGCCCCCGCCUCGCCUGCCGCGAGCGCCGCCAGCCUGGCCGGGCAAGCUGCCAAAAGCCUAUUGAACAAGAAGUCGGACGGAGGUGUCAAGAAAAGGAAGUCGAGUUCCAGCGUGCACCUAAUGCCACAGAGCAACAACAAAAACAGUCUCGUAAGCCCAGCCCAAGAGCCCGCGCCCUUGCAGACGGCCAUGGAGCCACAAACCACCGUGGUGCACAAUGCUACAGAUGGGAUCAAGGGCUCCACAGAGAGCUGCAACACCACUACAGAAGAUGAGGACCUCAAAGCUGCCCCGCUCCGCACUGGGAAUGGCAGCUCGAUGCCUGAAGGACGGAGCUCCCGGGACAGAACAGCCCCCUCUGCAGGCAUGCAGCCCCAGCCUUCUCUCAGCUCCUCAGCCAUGCGAAAACAGGAGAUCAUUAAGAUCACAGAACAGCUGAUUGAAGCCAUCAACAAUGGGGACUUUGAGGCCUACACGAAGAUUUGUGACCCAGGUCUCACUUCAUUUGAGCCUGAGGCCCUCGGUAACCUCGUGGAGGGGAUGGAUUUCCAUAAGUUUUACUUUGAGAAUCUCCUGUCCAAGAACAGCAAGCCCAUCCAUACCACCAUCCUAAACCCACAUGUCCACGUGAUUGGGGAGGACGCAGCUUGCAUCGCCUACAUCCGUCUCACCCAGUACAUCGACGGGCAGGGUCGGCCUCGUACCAGCCAGUCAGAGGAGACCCGGGUCUGGCACCGCCGGGAUGGCAAGUGGCUCAAUGUCCACUAUCACUGCUCAGGGGCCCCUGCCGCACCAUUGCAGUGAGCUUCAGCCACAGGGGGAUUAGGAGAUUCCAGCUGGAGGUCGAACCUUCGCAGCCAGUGGCUCUGGAGGGCCUGAGUGACAGCGGCAGUCCUGUUCGUUUGAGGUUUAAAACAAUUAAAUUACAAAGCGGCAGCAGCCAAUGCACGCCCCUGCAUGCAGCCCUCCCGCCCGCCCUUCGUGUCUGUCUCUGCUGUACCGAGGUGUUUUUUUUACAUUUAAGAAAAAAAAAAAAAGAUUGUUUAAAAAAAAAAUGGAAUCUGUACCAUGAAGCAUUUCAAAACCACCUACAGCCCUUGGGCUUGCAAGAAGACAGGAGUUUGUGUGAUGCCCAUCCUGGCAUGAACGUUGGGCUCACCCACCAGUCCUGAAGAGGUGAGCUUAGCCUCAGAACCCCCACGGACCCAGGGGGACCAGGCAAGGACUCUGACAGAGCUUUGGGGGCCAUGAUGUGAUUAUGGCCCCUGAGGUGGCCUGCUUACCCCAGGUCUAUGAGUGGGCUUCUUCGGAAACUGCAUAAGCACCUAGAAAGAAGCUGAUGAAAACACCAUGGCUGUUAGACCUACUUGAGAGAGAAUGCAGAACUCUCAGCCAGCUGUGGACGCAGCUGAGAAGCAGUGGCCUCAGGACUGAGGUCCCGGACUUUGCUGUACUGUUCAUUUAGCAUAGAAGGGAAGAGAAUUGGUGCUGCAGAAGUAUGUCUGCUAUGAAGCUGAUGAGAAACCUCGUGUUAGUCUGACAUGCACUUACUUACUCAUCCAUUUCUAUAGGAUGCACAAUGCCCUUGGGCCCUGAUAUUGAGGCCUAAUCCCUGCAGGUGGGAAGGGGAGGUUUUACUGCUUUGCUUCGUGUUUGUGUUCUUGAUAACUUAGCAAGGAGGGAGCCAGGCCCUGGUCAGGGCUCCCUUUGUCGCCUUUGGCAGUUCUGUUUCUGGACCAUCUUUGUCUUGCCUUUUCAUGGUGGUGGUCCCCCAUGCUGACCCUCAUCUGGACCUGGGCCCUCCGUGAAGUGCCCCUGUGGGAUGGGAGGAGUGAGGCAGUGGGAUAAGAGGUGGUGGUUGUUUCUAUGCAUUCAGGCUGCCCUCAGGGUUGCCUCCCUUCUUACUCUUGCUGCACGUCCAUCUCUUUCCCUGUCUUUGAGAUUGACCUGAGUGCUCUGGCAAGAAGCGUCCUCUUGAAAGAGGCCUCUACUGACCAACUGAAGUAUAGACUUACUGCUGGACAAUCUGCAUGGGCAUCACCUCCCCUCACCUGCAUGUACCCAAAAAAGGUGUCCAGAGCAAAGACUCCUACAUUCAUUGUCUCUCUCUGCUCAAGGAGUUCCAUUCCAGGAGGAAAAGAUCUACCCUAAGCCACUAUGAGAAGAUAAUGGAGGAGCAAUUGGUCAUAGCCUUGGGUUUCUCCCAAAACAACUGUGCAUAUUUAUCUGCACAAAUAUCUGCACUUUUGAGGGAAAGGUGGGUAGACUCCAGCUCCCUGGACUAACUUCAGGAGGCACAGGAGCUGGGAAAAGAGGCAAAGCUACAGGUUUACUCUGGAGCCAGCUGAGGAGAGCAAACUCACAGGUGCUGAUGCUUGGAUUUAGCAAGGCUCCUCUCGCGCCUCAUGCAUGCCCCAGCCCCUGGGCCCUACCCCCCACCCUGCCCUGCAGCCUGCAGUGCCAGCUCGCAGAUACCUUCACCACAGGGUUUGGUUUUGCUGGCUUGAAGACAAAUGGUCUUAGAGUUCAUUGAGACCCAUAGCUUCAUAUGGCUGUUCCAGCCCCACUUCUUAGCAUUCUUACUCCUCUUCUGGGGCUAAUGUCAGCAUCUAUAGACAAUAGACUAUUAAAAUAAUCUUUUAAACAGGAAAUGGAAGGCAUUUGAUGCAGAAUUUUUGCAUGACAUAGAAAUAAUUUAAAAAUAGUGUUUGUUCUGAAUGUUGGUAGACCCUUCAUAGCUUUGUUACAAUGAAACCUUGAACUGAAGAUAUUUAAUAAAAUAACCUUGAAACAGUC